GCCCACGGACCCGCGUCAAUCAGUCUCAAAGUGAGAGAGAGACGUGCUGUUUUCGCUCUCUCGUCCGGGGCUGUUUCCUUUUCUCCCUUGUUCUCUUUUCCACUGGGACGUUUUUUUUUCUUCUUUUUGGGCUCUCCUUCCUUCACCCUCUUCCGCAUGCUCUGUUUUUCUUCCACUUGAUUCCUGAUGGAAAACCUUCGAAGAAAAAUCCUUCCUUUCUUCAUCUAAACCAUCUGGAUUGAGGUUGAUUUUUUUUUUUUUUUUGCUCAUCAAAGGUCUCUUCUUUGUGAUCAAAAUCUCAUCUUUUGUCUGCGUCCUUGUGAGUUUUUUGAUCCUAGGGUUCUGUUCUCUUCGUGAAAUAGAAUCAAAACGCUUGUUUUUUCGUUCGCUCGUUUGAUUUUGUGGAAAAAUGGGCUCCCUGAAUCCGAAAUCCGCGGCGGAAAUGGGCUUCUUCCAUCCUCCUCCGCCGCCGCCGCCGCCGUCGCCGUCUCCUCCGUUCCUUGGUGCUUCGAGUUUCCGCUCGGCGGAGAGGGAAUGCCGGCCUCGUGAUGUGGGAUUUCCAUCGGAAGAGAAGCAAGGUGAGGGCUUUCAGGGUUUCGUGGGGGAACAGGGGUCUCCUGGGGGUGAGAAGAGUGGUGGAGGCGGAGAAGACGAAGGUGAGAACGCUGGUGGGAAGAGAGACAACGAAGGUGGGCAGCCGAAGCUCUGCAUCAGAGGCCAUUGGAGGCCAUCGGAGGACGCCAGGCUUCGAGAGCUUGUCGCCCAAUAUGGCCCCCAUAACUGGAACCUCAUCGCUGAGAAGCUCGAGGGAAGAUCAGGGAAGAGUUGCAGGCUGAGAUGGUUCAACCAACUGGACCCAAGGAUCAACAAGACUUCCUUCACUGAGGAGGAAGAAGAAAGGCUUUUGGCUGCCCAUAGGUUCCAUGGGAACAAAUGGGCUCUCAUUGCUAGGUUCUUCCCUGGGAGGACUGAUAAUGCUGUGAAGAACCAUUGGCACGUGAUGAUGGCAAGGAGGCAGAGGGAGAUGUGCAAUGGAUAUAGGAGGAGGAAGCUCUCUCCUCUCAAUCCCACCAACCCUUGCGUUCCAAUUCUCCCCCGGAUGAUGGAGUUGGUGGGCGGUGGCAACAACAAUGCACACAGUGGGGAGUCCACCGUCACCACCAACAGAGAUGAGUCUGCCUCCAGUUCUACUGGCUUGUCCCCGAAUUCCUCCAAAAACAUGCUCAUUCCUGGUUUCCUCAACAGAUUUGGACCACCAGAGCUGCCUCAGCACUUUCAGUUCCUCAUGGGCUCGCAAGAAAAGCUGGUGGCCGCAACAAAUGGGUGCAAUGGGAAAUUUGGUACUGCUGCUGGAUGCUUUUAUCAAAGUGCACCCAUGUUGAUGACCAUGGGUGUUGAUCAGGCUGGCCAUUCUGAAGCAACUUCUGAGGCUUCAACAACUGAAUCAGUGGCUAACCCGAGGAACAAUGCCAUCAUGCAUGCUGAAAGAGAUAAUGAUGGAGAGAAGAUGACCUUCACCUUCAUUGAUUUCCUUGGGGUGGGAGCAACAUAGAAAGUUUUAUCUGGGAAAAGAAAAGGGUUUAAAGUUGAUCAACUGAAGCUGUGUUCUGGGAAAAUGGGCUCAUAGACUAUGCACAGAGAAUCCAAAAAGAAGGUGAGGAAAGGAACAAGGGAAGAAAAAGAAGAAGAAAGGAGGAGGUAGGUACGAAAGAAGGAAGAGCAAGUUUUUUCUUUUUCAAAAUAGUAGCAGAGUUUUGGGGUUAGAAGCCUUGAGGCCUCUGUUUGGCUGUGCUGUUGGCUCUCUAGUAUUUUGGCUUUUAGUAACUAGUACUGUAAACCUGUUUCAGUUCCAAUCCAGACGAUGUCUGUAAUCUACAGACUUAACACUAUGGCAGGGAGAAUAUUUUGAUUUGCUUUGAGUCAAAAAGAUCAAAUGAUGGUACUGAUUUAUUAA